AUGAUGCAACCCACACCCGCACCGUCUACACCCCCUACAUCUUUACCAGAAGCCUCUAUGGAAGCUCAGGAUGACUCCUAUCCAAUCCCGCCGCAAAAUAUAGGAAGCGCACCAUUUGGAGUCCUCGUUGGGUUAUUUGAGAAAUUACAGAAUGAAAGAAAGCAGGAGCGCAGAAAAAAGCUGAUUGGUACAUGGUUCAAUCAUUGGAGAGAGGAAGUGGGCCACGAUCUAUAUCCUGUCCUCCGUUUGAUUCUACCUCAGAAAGACAGAGAACGUGCCGUUUAUGGAGUGAAAGAGAAGAACCUCGCCAAGAUCUACAUCAAGUUAAUACCGCUGGGAAGAAAUGACCCAGAUGCUCAGCGUUUGGUGAACUGGAAGAAACCUACCGAACGUGAAAAAGCAUCCGGAGACUUUCCAACAGUUCUGUACGAAGUCGUCUACAAACGUUCAUCAGUGAUUGAAGGAAGCAUGUCUAUCGACGAGCUUAACGAGACAUUGAACGAAUUGUCGAAAUGCAUGGGCAAACAGGAUCAGCAAAUGAAGAUUCUUCAGCGUAUCUAUAACCGAACAACUCCGGAGGAGCAGAGGUGGAUAAUCCGUAUUAUUCUGAAAGACAUGGUCAUAUCUGUUAAAGAAACGACUGUAUUUUCCGUGUUUCAUCCGGAUGCCCAGGACCUCUACAACACCUGUUCGGAUUUGAAAAAGGUCGCAUGGACUCUAUGGGACACGUCAAACAAACUGGACGAUGAUCAAAAAACUGUAGGCUUAUUUCAGGCUUUCACGCCCAUGUUAUGCAAGCGACCGACCAGGACCAUCGAGCAAACCGUCAAAGAGAUGGGUGGUGCGGAAUUCAUAAUCGAAGAAAAAUUGGAUGGGGAGAGGAUACAACUUCACAAGCGAGGGAAUGAGUACUAUUACUGUUCCAGGAAGGGAAAAGACUAUACUUUCAUGUACGGCAAACAUGUCGGGGCCGGUACGCUGACGCCGUACAUUGACAAAGCAUUUCAUCCUGGAGUGGAAAAUAUUAUUCUCGAUGGUGAAAUGCUAGUGUGGGACCCCGUUUCUGAACGCAACCUUCCGUUCGGUGGCCUCAAAACUGCAGCACUCGACAAGUCUAAGAAGGACCUCAACCCACGGCCAUGCUUCAAAGUGUUCGACCUCCUCUACCUAAAUAAUACGUCCCUUUUGGACAGGUCGACCGCUUUCCGAAAGAAAAACCUUCACCAUUGCCUGACGGAAGUGAAAGGACGGCUCGAAUUCGUCCCCGAGUAUAAGGGAAAGACCGCAAAGGAUGUCCGUUCCAAAAUGGAGGAAAUAAUGGAAACCAGAGGAGAGGGUUUGGUCAUCAAACAUCCCAAGGCAAAGUAUGUUUUGAAUGGCAGGAAUAUGGAUUGGAUCAAAGUGAAGCCUGAGUAUAUGGAUAACAUGGGUGAAACGGUCGAUGUAUUGGUCGUCGGUGGUAACUAUGGUACUGGGUCUCGAGGAGGAGGAGUCUCUACUCUCAUUUGUGCUGUACUUGAUAUUCGUAACGGGGAGAGCGACGACGGUGAACAAAAGUAUAGCACUUUUGUGCGAAUUGGGUCCGGUCUGUCCUAUACAGAUUACGCGUGGGUUCGCGAUAAACCAUGGAAACCGUUGGACCGCAAGAACCCUCCAGAAUUUCUGCAGACGUCGAAGAAGUCGUCAAGUGAGGAUAAAGGUGAUGUUUAUCUGGAACCGAAUGAGUCCUUCAUCUUGAAGGUAAAGGCGGCAGAGAUUGUUCCCUCCGAACAAUACCACAUGGGAUAUACGAUGCGGUUCCCCCGUGCAUUAUCCAUCAGGGAUGACUUGAACUUGGAUAACUGUAUGACUUCGGAGGAUGUUUUGAAUAGUGUGCGAUCGGAGAAGAAAAGGAAAAUGGAGGGCGACGUCGGCGAAUCUAAGAAGAAGCGAAGGACAGCUGCUAAAAAGGCCACCAUUCUCUCAUCCUAUCAAGGGCCAAAACCCAAAGAUGUCGAAGUUCAGUCAGACUUAUUCAAGGGCCUAAAAUUUGUCGUUAUUCCAGACCCGAAGUCGAAGACAGGGAAUGAUGAUAAGAACGAGCUGGUGAACCUGAUUCUUUCCAACGGAGGCAGUUGUAUGCAGAUUGCUACGAAGCAAGCGGAUCUCUUCGUGGUGUAUGGAGGCAUUGUAACACCAUACAAUGUGAAGCUCAUUAUUGAUAAGGAUAUUCAUGACAUUAUCAAACCCCAGUGGGUGACGGAUUCCAUUUCUCUGGGACGAACGGCGCCGUUGAGUAACAAGUAUUUCUUCCACGCCACGUCUUCUCGAGCUUCCACCGAUGAAUAUCAAGACGAGACUCAAGAUGAGACGGAGAGGCAAAAUGUCAAACAGGAUGUCGUAGAAGCUCAUUCAGACAGCAAGAAUGAGCCUGAAUCACACGCGCCGACACAGGACCGGGGUGCCGAAGCGCUCAAAAGGACAGUGAUGGACCCGCGACUUGCGGAAUGGUUGGGGCUUGACGAAACAGAUUCCGUGGUGCCUAUUACAAGCGUUGGAGAGAAUGACUCGACAUCAGAGACUGAGAACGAUUCGAAUAACGAUGACGUGGCUGGGGAGGACUAUGAAGAGGAUUGGGUGCAGGUGCAGGUGAAAGACGGAGACGCAAAUACAAAAACCCCUUCCGAGGUCAGUUUAAAAAUGGGUGAAGAUGACUCAGCGAUGGAAUAUGACCAGAAUCUUAUCUUUAAACAUUUGUGCUUUUACCUGGACUCACCGGAGAGCGCGCAUCAGUAUGGAAUGAGUGCCAAAACAAACGCAAAGGGGAUUGAUCAGAGCUUUAUAGAGCUGAGAAAAGUGAUCACCGACAAUGGGGGACGAGUUGUGGGACUGGACGAAGGCAAACUAACACAUGUCGUGAUCGACAAGCGGGAUACAAGCCGGAGAGUUGAACUCAUGAGGAGGACAUCUGAACCCAGACGCCGGCACCUAGUUAUCUCCGAAUAUAUUCAGGCCUGUGUUGAUGAGGGGACGCUUUUGGACGAAGACGACUUUGCGCCUUGA